AUGUAUCAUGAGGGGCAAGCACAAAACAAAACUGGGUUCGAUAGGAUAUAUACGAGCCCCCAGGAGAAUUCCUUUCAUUAUAUACGCUGCCCUCUUCCAGAUACCAGGAAUCACCAAGCAGACGGUCAUGAUGAUAAACUCGAUCAAUUCACGGAAUUCUAUUUCCCAAAGAGUCCUAAUGCACCUUUGAUGUUUGAAAUUAAAGGUUGUCGUGAAUACAAGACUCGAAUCUUUCCUGAUUUUACGGUACCGAGAACAAGCCAUCAAAAAACGAAAGCUGUGUCUACGUCUUCUACGGCUAUUUCCAAACUUCGACCUGAUUUAGAACGCAGACGAAAGACAUAUAUAGAUGGAGCCACCGCUGUACACAGCGGUUCAGUCACCAAACUCAGACAUACCUCCGUCCUCGGGUCCAGCAACUGGAAUGAAACGCAAAAAGAGAUCACUACCGUUCAGAACAACAAAAAUAUCGAUUUUAGACGUGCCCGCAUCUUCCAGUGUGAUCAUGCUACCGCUAAGAUGGUAACUAUGACACGUAGUGGUGGUUCUACCAAGCAAAAUGGAAAUAAAGCUCAACGCACGAAGUUACCUGAUUUGGUAUAUGCCACAUCUCUUACCCAUACUUUACCCAGCAUACGCAGAUUCGUCAAUGGUAUACGAAAGCAAGAUACAAUGAUGCUUGCACGUCAUUCUGCUGUUCAGGAUGAAUCCAAAAUCAAACAUUCAAUUUCCCAACUCCGUCCGUCUAUCGAUAAUGAGUCAAUCAAUUACAGGUCUAUAUCUUUUAUUGAUCUUACCGGCCCCCUUGAGCCUGAAUUUUUGCCAAGCCAUCAAAGUCAGCAGCUAUACGCGAACGAUCCUAAACCAUUGAAAUUAGUGUCGACUGAUUCUCCCAGUCAAAAGAAACCAUUCAAGGGGGCUCGGGUCACUAAUAGUAAGAAAAUUUGCUCGGCUCAAAGUCAUUAUAGCACUACCGCAACUUACGGACCUCAUAAUCAAAACUCCAUUUCUCCGGAACCGAAAUAUUGUAUGAGUUUGAAUCCGAUCAAUCACAUUGUUGUUUGUUCCAAAGAUUCACCAGAUAAUUCAGACAGAAUAUACGAAAUGAAAAAGUCAGCUGCGUUAGUAUCAGACGAUAUCAUGGCCUUGCUAAAUAUCAAAGUCGAUGAUGCCAACAUCCACUCCGUACAUCUCAAAGGUCAUAAAAUCGAUUCACUAAUUCCAUCCCUAGGUAACACUAACAAGAUGCACGGUUACUCUUCUAAAAGCGCUUUAGAAUUCGUCUCUACCAUUAGAUCUGCGGUCAUUGGUGAUACUAUACUCCUGGUGUCAUUGGGCAAUCAUGGUAUCUCCAACUCACCUCGUGCAUGGGUGGAUUUGAGAGAAAAUUAUCCAGCGUACAAGUUCUUGAUUGCUAUACAAGAACCUCGAAAUCUAAAUCUACAUCGAGAUCUCUUGUGGCAUAUAACCAAAAAACGAAGGUAUUUGAUUUUUCCCUUACAUCAGCUUGUGCGAGUGUGCCUGGGGUUGGAAAGUCCAUGCGACGAAGCAAAGGUAUAUUCUAAAUACCUGACACUAUCGAAUGAUGCGCGAAAAGCCCCGGCCAAACUAGAGAUAAUGAUUGAAAAUGGGGGUGGUGUCGGCCAGCACGCUCGAGCUUUAUUAUCACGCUGGGCAUGUCCCAUUGACGGCUGCGGGAUGACUUGGUAUAGAAGCCUAGCUGGAGAUCAAGCAUGGCAAAACCAUUGUAUGAUGGAACACGACGGCUUUCGCAGACUUGUCUGUCCUCUGGCCGCCUGUAGAUCCAAUGCAUUCCGUGAUUACAAGGGGGUUGUUGAGCAUAUAGAAAAUGUACACAUCUCAGCGUUGGGUUUGGGAGACCAUUUUCGUAGCUCGCACGAUCGUGACAGAACUCUAUCCGACUUUCGAUAUACUGAGGAUGUUAGUGGAUGUGGAAAUUCACGUUGCAGCUAUACAAAUCAGCUUGCCUUGGAUAUCCAUAUGGAAUUUUUUCAUCCUUACUCCGCUUGGAAAGAUCGUUUAAAAGAUUUUCCGAGCCUUGCAGAACAAAUACAAAACAUGUGGUCAAAAGAAAAUCUUGAACACAAUAAUGGGCCCACUCUAAGCGAAACUUUUCAAUGUAUUAAUACGACGGUAGGUAGUCAAGGUACGGUUAUAGUUGGACGAAACGGAAUGAAUCGAGGUCCAUCCCAUGACAUGGAAUUCCUCAAGAAAUCUUGGUCUUUCAUGGCAGAUUUUCUGCAAACGACACAGGAACCUCUCCGAGAAGGAUAUCGGAUACUUUUAAGCGAGAUUCAAUGA